AUACCAUAGUGAUUUUGUAGUCUAUUCAAUUAUUUUGUAUUCGAAACAUACAUUGGUAAUAUGAUGAAAUUCGCUUUGGUAAUUUUGGUCGCUUUGGCCGUAUCUAAUCCUUUGGAGGCCUACAAAAUCCCAAGCGUUGGAAAUGGUGCCCUUGCUAAUGAAUUGCAAAAAUUCGUUGAUCUUAUCCCCCUAGAUAAAAUUAACGCAAUCAUCAGUCUUUACAAAAAAGAAGAUGCUGAGUUUCAACAAUUGCUCAAAUACUUUCAAUCGUCAGAAUUUAAACUUCUAGUAACUGAGAUAGAAAGUCUUUCUGAAUUCGUUGAUAUAUUGAACUAUGAACAACGUGCCGGCCUUGAUGCAUACUAUUUAGUCAACCAGAUCAAUGAAUACUUACAUUUGUCGAAGCUCACACCACCAUUCUCACGUGCCAAAACAUCCGGAAUCCGUGGUUUUCUCGAUGAAGUAGAAGCUUUGAUACCUUUGGACAAGCUUAAGAAUCUAUACCAGGAUAGAUUAAAGAAUUCCACCGUGUUCGCUGAAUUCAUCAAGAAAUUGAGUUCGCCCACUGCUCAAUCACUUUUCGACAAACUCUGCGCUAGCAAGAAUUUCAAUAACUUUUUGUCGAAAGCCAAGAAUCACGGUGUUCACCUCGAUGUCGUAAAGAAACACUUAAAAGAUGUUUUAGGUCUUGAAACCUCCUGUAUCAACUAAAUGUUAAUGUCUUUUUCUUUUGUUUUUUGUCUUUAUAUUUUCUUAAGUAAAAAUAUAUACUAUUAAUUUUAAUAAGUA